CCCGUCUUGACUCUUCAGCCCUCCCCAGCAGCGGCUCCGUCAUGUUUCGCCUGUUGGUGGUGAGCGCGCUGACGCUGCUGGGAGCCGCCGAGCCGGCGUUCCAGGGCGACCCAUCCACAGCGGCCAUCCUGGCCGACACGCGCCGGCUCCGGGCCGACGGCGGCCUGGACGUGGCCUACGCCCAGGAAGACGGCGUCCUCUUCAAGGAGACCACCAGCGGCGACGGCGAGCGGCGCGGCUCGUACCAGUUCGUCGGCGACGACGGCAAAGAGUACCGCGUCGAGUACACGGCCGGCGCCGGCGGCUUCCAGGUGAUUAGCAGCACUCACGUGGACAGCACGCCCAGCAGCCAGCCGCCGGCACAGCCUGCGCCAACUGAGCGCUACCAGCAGCCCGCCCGCGCCGCCUCUCGUCCCGUGACCGAAAAGAAAAGCUUCAGCUCGUUCAGCCUCAGCUACGACAGCAGCGAGCCGCUGACACCCGUGUCAGCGGCGACAGCUCCUCCGCCGCGGAGGACGACCACAACCACCACGACGCAAAGACCAGUCCGCAAAAACUUCCACAACGGCAAGGUGUCGCUGGAAAGGGACAACAAGGGAUACGUCUAUACCUACAGCAAAACUGAUUAAAAACUGUGAUUUGAUGUCAGGGGCAUUCAUGUUUGGAAGGGGUCUAAUCAUUCAAUUCAGAUUAGAGAUGUCAAUCAGAUACCAACUUUUUGGUAUACCGAUACCAAACCGAUACCAAAUUGGUAUUUGGUAUUUUAAGGCAUUUGGUAUUUUGCUGGUAUUGUGAACCGUCCCUAAUGUAAAACAGGCUGUGAAUGUGGUAAAUAGUUGGUAUUUUCUUGAGUUUACCAAGUUGGUUCGGAUUCGGUAUUCUUCCAUGGUUAUUGUUGGUGUUUGGCUUGGUAUCGGUAUAAAGGUGUUCGUAAAUUGACAUCACUAAUACAGAUACUAAAUGACGUUUAA